AUGGAAACAUUAAUAGCUAGGAAAAUUGUCCAUCAAAAUUUUAACACAAGUAUUCAAGAGAAUUGUUCAAAUUUUGUGUACGAUGCAUCGGCCAAAAUACCAUCCGGAUUGUUAAGUGGAAAUAUAAAUCAAUUUGGUGAUUUUGAUGAAUGUAUAAAUUCACAUUCUGAUGAUGGUGAAAUUGCGGGACAAUAUUGCUUAGUAGAUAUUCAAACAGUGGAACCAAGUUCAAAAUCUGACUAUUUGUUAAAACUGAAUAAUUUAAUAAAUACAUAUUAUCCAGCUCAUAGUGAUUUCGACGAUGCAGGACACAUUGGACCACGUAUGUCAUCAAUUCGUUGGGCCCUGUGUGUGCCAGCAUCUUGUUCCCGUCAAGAUGUAGAAAUUGGUCUGAAAGCUGGAUUACAAUCUUUUGUAGAAAAAAAUGGAAAACCUUUGCAGAUAAAAGUAUUUGAUGAAUCAUGUCAAAUAAUAGAAAAUCCAAUUCCAUGGUCUGCAAUUAUAGUUGGAUUAUUGUUUGCAGUUUAUAUUUUAUUCGUAAUCACGGUAACCAUAAUCGACUCUUAUUUUCAAUACUCGAUAAACGAUGGGAAUGAUAUACUUUAUGCAUUUUCGUUGCAUCGUAACUUAAAAUCAUUAUUUUCAUAUGAACGAUCUACAGAUGAUAUUAAGAGUGUUCAUGGGAUUCGAUUUUUAAAUAUGCUUAUGAUAUUCAUGAGCCAUAAAACACUGUACGGAAUGUACUCAGGCUACGUGAACAAAGCAGAUUGGGUAGAGUUUUUAAUAAGUCCUUUGUCGCUCGGUGGUCGAGCUACAAUUUUGUACACUGAUACAUUUUUAAUGCUUAGCGGAAUGUUAUGGGCUUACUCAUAUUUUGGCCGCAUAAAUCGUGGAAAACAAGUUCAUAUUAUCGAAGAAUUUAUAUCACGUUUAGCUAGAAUUAAACAAUUAGUGAACGCCGCUGAUUAUAUGUAUGUUAUACCAACGCAUCGUAUUACUGUUUAUCUACUUGGUAUUUUAUUGGGUUAUUAUCUGCGUAAUAUGAAAAAUAUUAGUUUAAAACCAAUUGUAUUAAAUAUUGGACAUGCAACAGCUAUUGCAUUAUUUAGUAUUGUUUUCGUUGCACCAGCUUUUACAAGUGGAAAAUCAUAUAAAUAUAAUCCUAGUCAUCCAGCAUGGUAUGCAGGAUACGGACCGAUCCCAUGGUGUUUAGUAUGGGCAUGGAUUAUUUUUACUGAUUGUUUUGGUUUUCAUAAUAUUUUAACUAAAUUGCUUUCAUGGCGUGGAUUUUUGAUCACAACACGUUUAUCAUACGCAAUUUAUUUGGUCCAAUUACCAAUUUUGGGUCAUAAUGCAGCUACAAAUCGAAAAAAAUAUCCAAAAGAAAUUCAAUCAAUCACAACAGUAUUGAAUAUUGUUAAUAAUUAUGGUGAUGAUGAACGUCUAAUUAAAAUGAAGGAAAUAUGUGAGAAAUUAUCGUUACCAGCUGAAAAAGUCACGGAAUAUCUUCAAGUGACAUCGUCAUCAAAAGAAGAUUCAAAUUCAUCGUCACGACCAGUUAUCAAUAAUGACAUACCGAUUAAAAAUACUUCGUGUUGUAAAUCUAGUUUAAAUCAAGAUGAAAACGAUUGUAUUAUCAAGAAAUUGGAGGAUUUAAUUCACGAAAUCGAAGAGUGUGAAAUAAAUAAAAAUUAUAAAUUGUGUAAAAAUAAUGAAUUAAAAUCAAAAUAUGAUAAAUUUAAAAUAUAUUGGAGCGAUUGGAAAGAAAAACACAUACAAGAUAUUAAAGUAUGGAUUAAUGAUUUAGAGCGUCGAUCAAUGAUAAUGGAUGAUCCCCCAUACUUUUAUGAAGCUUUAGCCGUUUUAAACAGAGCUUUUGAAUUAUGUAUUGGACAUGCACUACGUUUACCACAAAUAUUAGCAUUAAUAUUAUUUAAUCAAAAAUCAUCAGAUUCUGGAUUAUUAUGUCAAAUACAGACUGGGGAAGGCAAAACAUAUAUUAUUGCAGCUACAGCCAUUUUGAAAAUAUUAUUAGAAAACAAAAAUUCAAUUGAUAUAAUAACAAGUAAUAAUGUGUUGGCAAGACAUGCUGUAUCUGCAACCAAAAAUUUAUAUCAAUUAUUUAAUAUCACAGUUGAUAUCAAUACGGAAUUCAAAAGUGAUCAAAAAGCUUGUUAUAAUGCAAACGUUGUGUAUGGUUCCAUGUCUGAUUUUCAAUUUGAUUUUCUUAAUCAUGAUUUUAAUGGAUUAGGUACACGAAUGAAUCGUAAGUUUGAGUAUGUAAUUUUAGAUGAAGUAGAUAACAUGCUAAUUGAUAAUGGUGGUAAUAUUGCUAAAUUAGCUGAAAUAUUCCCUGGCAUGGAAAAUUUAAUUUACAUAUACAUUGAAAUCUGGAAAGAUUUAAACAUAUUUAUAAACAAAACAUUCGAUGACAUUAACAUUAAACCUGAUAAAGAACUUAUUCAAUGUAAAAUAAGCGAAUGGAAGAAUUUAAUUCAAAAUAAAAUUGAAAAUAAUAUAGAAUCAUUUUUAAUUCCAUUACAUUUAAUGGAAUAUGUGCAAAAUGUACUUCCAAAAUGGAUUGAUAAUGCAAUUUAUGCUAAAUAUGAUUGUAUUGAAAAUAUCCAUUAUGUAAUACAAACAGAAAAUAAAGAUGAUUAUGAACAAAUAAUUGUACCGGUUGAUUAUACAAACACUGGCGUGACUUUAAAAAAUACAAUGUGGUCACAUGGUCUACAUCAAUUUUUACAAUUAAAACAUAAUUUACAAGUUCAUGCGGAAAAUUUAACAAGUUGUUGUAUAUCAAAUUAUGCGUACAUACGAAAAUAUGGCACUAAUUUAAUUGGUUUAACUGGCACUAUUGGUGGAGAGGGGGAACAAGAUUUACUUAAAGCUAUUUAUCAAGUUGAUUUUAUAUCGCUGCCAACAUUUAAGGUAAAACAAUUUGAAAAGUAUCCAGAAAUAAUUGUACCCGACAUAGAAUGGCUUGAUAAAAUAAUCGAACAAUGUUUUUAUAUGUUGUUACAAAAGCGUGCUGUGUUAGUUGUAUGUUUAACAAUCGCUGAUGCUAACGAUGUUUAUAACGAAUUAAUUCAAUUAAAAUCAACAUACAUCGAUCUAAAUCCAACAAUUCAGAAAUAUCUAAGUGAGAAUGAAAGUCACGUAACAGAUGAAUUUAUUGAUUCUGGUACAAUUAUUGUUGCAACAAAUAUUGCUGGACGUGGUACAGAUUUUAAAACAACCAAACAAUUAGAAGAUCAUGGUGGGUUACAUAUAUGUGUUACGUUCUGUCCAGAAAGUAAACGGGUUCAAGAUCAAGUCUUUUAUCGUACUUCACGACAAGGAAAUAAAGGCUCAGCAGGUUUAAUAUUAUCAGAGAGUCAAGUAGCAGAUAUUAUGAAAGAUGAUAGGGAUUACGAAUUUCAUGAAAUAUCACAACGAAUUCAUGACGAUGAAUUGGUUUACAUGGAGUAUUUAAAAACUUUUAAAUCCAAAGAAUUAUAUUUUGAAGAUUGUUUAUUUAAUUUAUUUUCAAGUUUAUACAAACAAGCGCGUACAAAUAAAUUAAAUGUAUUUGCACGGAAAGACCUUAAAGAAUAUUGGGCGUUUUGGUUUGAAAAACAAGAAUUUCUAAGUAUAACAAAUUUUGAAAAAAUUGAAAAUGAAGCGCUCGAAUUAUUUGAAUUAUUUCAAGAAGAUGAUAAAAUUCAAGAAAUUUUAAAAGGUCAUAUUGAACAUAAUCCAUAUUAUGAUAUACAUCGAGCGCAUGCUUAUAUAUCUGAACAAAAUUUAGCAAAAGCCGAAGAAUGCUUAAAUAAUUCAUUGGAAAUGACUAAUGAUACAUUAAGCGAAGCACAUUAUUUAUUGUUUGAAGUAUCAAUGGAACGCGGGGGUGUUGUAAUGAAUCAAAUUAAAGAUAUAUUAACAAAUGUUGGUCUUGGAUAUUUAAUUAAAAUGAAUAAAGAUUCAGAAUACAAGAACAAGUGUAUGGAACAUCUUGAAAAAGCACGUAGCAUAUUAAUUAAAGAAAUUCAAUUUAUUGAAAAUUAUUUUAAUUGUGAUGAAUUUUAUAAAACUUUUAAUGGUUCACUCGAUAAAAACUUGUUUAUCAAACAUUUACACAGUAAAUUAAUUUGUUUAAAAAUGUUUCAUGAAAAUAUUAAUCAGAUUCAUUAUACGAUUCAAAAGAAUGGGGAUAAAGAUUUGAUGAUUACAAUGAAAAAUGAUGAUAUACAAACGGUAUUAGAAAGCGAACCGGAAACUGUUAAGACAAUCAAAAAAGACUUUAUUAACAAAGAAGAAACAAAUAAUUUAAGUUUGCGUGGAUUAAAAUGUUUAUUUAAUGUUGGCGAAAUUAAAACCGUUCCCAAAGAAGUUUUUAUUGCUUCUGGCUUACAAAUUGCCUUAGGUUGUGCUGCUUUGGGUUUAGGAUGGUUCUUUCCAUUUAUAAUGGAAUAUGCUCAAACAAUUGCUGCGACUUUAAUAGCAGAAGGUAUUCUUGAUAUCAUCAUUUGUUUAAUUGGUGGUAAAAUUGCAUUCGAUUGGAACUACUUUAAAUCCAAAUUAAUUACUUUUGGUAUAACGGCUGUCUCAUUGGGAAUAACAGCUCUUGGUGGAUAUAUAAAUAAAUUAAUAUCAAAAGCGCGUUCAUUUUUAAAAAUGGACAAUUUAAUGAGCUUAAUCAAAAUGGUACCAGGUGUUGACUCCAUAAUGAAUGGUAUUGGGAAUGUUUUACAGAAAGCACAAUCUUUUAUUAAUUUGGCGAAUAAAAACUUUAUACCUAAUGGGAUUUUAUCAAAACCAUUAUUAAAUACACUCUGGCAGGCAUGUAAUAAAGUUGGACGAUUUUUAAUUGUUUCCAAUAUAAUUGAUACAAACAUACAAAAUCGUUUUCUUAAAGGUUGGGAAACAUUAUAUGAGGCUAUAAAAGGAAUUGUAUCAACAGACUUUAUUGGUAAAUUAAACACAACCAUUUUAACAAUUUUAAGUUGUAAAAAAGGAUAUGAUUUAUUAAUGAGCAAGCUUGGAUCAUUGAACGUUGGUGAUGAUGGUGACUUUGAUGGCUCCGAUUGA